CUUUACCACGAUUCCUCCAAAGCAAUAUUAAAAAUUGAGACACCGAGCAUACACUGACUAACGUAAAUAAGGCUCUAAUUGGUGUUUGCUUGCUGUUGACUAUCAUCAGCUAGAUUAUUAGUUAGAUAAUGAAUAGAAAUAUGUAUGAGCACACAUAGAUUUGAAUGUCUUUGUAUGUUAUUCAGAAAGCAUUGUGAUGUUUACGUUCGUUAAUAUAUUUGAAGGUUGAUAAAAGUUGAUAUAUUGUUAUUGUUGCAUUGUGAUCAUGCUGUAUGAUGCCUUCUUGUGAGCCUGCAAUUACUAAGCUAUAUAAAGAAGUAUAUGUUAGUGUUGCAUGGUUUUUACACUCUUACUUUAUUAUAAGGAUACCUUCAAACUGUAAAAACACAGUAUGGAGAUAUCCAUGUCAAUGUUAGACCAAGACAUCUGACUGUUUAGAACCCAUAACAACCCAUCAUAUUUUAUUGUCAACUGGCCUUUCAGCUCAUCAUGUUAAGGUAUCUCACAAAAGUGAGUACACCCCUCACAUUCUUAUAAAUAUUUUAUUAUAUCUUUUCAUGGGACAACACUGAAGAUAUGACACUUUGAUACAAUGUAAAGUAGUCAAUGUAUAGCUUGUAUAACAGUGUAAAUUUGCUGUGCUCUCAAAAUAACUCAACACACAGCCAUUAAUGUCUAAACCGCUGGCAACAAAAGUGAGUACACCUCUAAGUCAAAAUGGCCAAAUUGUGCCCAAAGUGUCAAUAUUUUUUGUGGCCACCAUUAUUUUCCAGAACUGUCUUAACUCUCUUUGGCAUAGAGUUCACUAGAGCUCCACAGGUUGCCACUGGAAUCCUCUCCCACUCCUCCAUGACGACAUCACGGAGCUGGUGGAUGUUAGAGACCUUGCGCUCCUCCACCUUCCGUUUGAGGAUGCCCCACAGAUGCUCAAUAUGGUUUAGGUCUGGAGACAUGCUUGGGAAUUAUUUUGCAAGCCACUUCUUCAUGGGAGGAGAAAAAUUUGACACGCCACAUCCAGAGGGAUACCUUUUUGGAGAAAACAUGGACCUGAACUUUCUUGGAAAUAGGCCAGUGCAGUUUCCAUAUGUGACGCCUGCACCCCACGAGCCUGUCAAAACCCUGAGGAGUCUGGUCAAUAUAAGAAAGGACUCUCUGCGUUUGGUCAGGUAUAAAGAUGACUCUGACACACCUGUGGAGGAAGGUGGAAAACCAAAGGUUCAGUAUGGUGUGGAGUUCACCUUUGAUGCUGACGCUCGGGUUGCCAUCACCCUCUACUGCCAGGCAUUUGAGGAGUUCUCCAAUGGGAUGGCAGUCUACAGCCCAAAGAAUCCAUCUCUGGUCUCUGAAACUGUGCACUACAAGCGAGGAGUGAACCAACAGUUCUCCAUGCCGUCUUUCAAAAUAGAUUUCACCGAGUGGAAAGAGGAAGAUCUGAACUUUGACCUUGACCGAGGAGUGUUUCCCAUUGUAAUCCAGGCUGUUGUUGAUGAAGGAGACGAUUGCCUCGGACAUGCUCACGUACUUUUGGCAGCUUUUGAAAGACACGUUGAUGGCAGUUUCUCCGUCAAGCCACUGAAGCAGAAGCAAAUUGUGGAUCGUGUGAGCUACCUCUUACAGGAGAUCUAUGGGAUUGAGAACAAAAACAACCAAGAAACCAAGCCAUCAGACGACGAGAACAGUGACAACAGCAACGAGUGUGUUGUCUGUCUGUCCGACCUGCGAGACACACUCAUCCUGCCCUGCAGACAUCUGUGUCUCUGCAACUCCUGCGCAGACACCCUGCGCUACCAGGCCAACAACUGUCCCAUCUGCAGGCUGCCCUUCAGAGCUUUGCUGCAGAUCAGAGCUGUAAGGAAAAAGCCUGGGGCUCUUUCCCCCGUGUCCUUCAGCCCUGUGCUGGCUCAGAAUAUGGACCAUGACGAGCACUCAAGCACCGACUCGGUUCCUCCUGGCUUUGAACCCAUCUCUCUGCUAGAGGCUCUGAAUGGUCUGCGGUCGGUGUCUCCUGCCAUCCCAUCCGCCCCCCUCUAUGAUGACAUCAACUUCUCAGGAGGACUGUGCGGCGACGGCAGACAGCUGAGCUCCCCCGAGCAUUUAAGUGAUGGCAGUCUGCAGAAAGGCAAAGUCAGCAAGUCACCUGACAGCACCCUUAGGUCUCCAUCUUCUCCCAUCCAGGAAGAAGAUGAGGAGAAGCUGUCUGAGAUGUCUGAUGCGCAGCCACACACACUGCUGUCCAACAGCCCUGCCCCCACCGACGCCACAGCUGCCGAGGAUGUGGCAGAAUCCCUGUCUCCUGAUGAUGAGGACAGGAUGCAUUCUGGGGCAGACAUCCUACAGGACUGCAGCAGCGAACACAGCAGUUUGACAAAAACAGAGAGCGACCCAGCGGGCGACUUGUCUCUGCCAGCUCUAGGUCCUGAUGCCUGCUCUAUUGGUAUGGAGGAAUAACUCUGGGUCAUCAGAGUCAACAGAAAGCCUGAAAAGUCAGAGCACAAACUGCUCCAGCCAGCCUCUCCUGUGUCCCACAAGCAGCCUUCAUAUGGAAGAUGAGCACCUCAACCCCUGACUCUGACCCAGCCUCUUCCCCCCCACAUCCAUCAGAUCAGAUGUAUGCAUUACAAAGAUCAUCCAGUCCCUCUUUUCCUUUGCCCCCCCCUCCCUUUUGAAAAAAAAGGAAUAUUAAUUCCACAGCUUUGAAAACAUUUCAUUAAUUGUCAGAUGGUGUUCGGUUGUGUGUUUUGACCAAAGGUGUGGUCUAGUAAUGUGGAUUCCAGAGACACUUCACUACCUUUCAUGGUAGUUUCAAGCACACUUACUUUAAAUUAACUGUAUCAAUUGCUUAACACUACAUUCUGAAGACAUUAUAAAUACAAUUUGUGUCUAGAUAUUGUAUUCCUUAGUGAAAUACAUUCACGUUACAGUUCUUGUUUGAUUUGGGUAAUGAUAAGAAAUUUGAACAUUUAUGGCGUGUGUAUCUGUGUCUAUUUGAAGUGAUUUUGCACUCAAAACAUUUUUUUAUAAUCCAUUCCUUAUAACAACAACUUUAUGGUGAGAUGAGUUUAAGUUGUCUGCAGUCCUAAACAUCUACACUUUUUCUAUUAUUUCUAAUGUGAUAUUUAUCCAUCAUAAAUCUGCUAGGAUCCUGUGUACUUACUUCAAAACGGUAUACUUGCAUAUUACAUAGAAAAAAAGAUCCUUAUAUUUCAAUAAUGGAACUAGAUUCAGAUAAGAUGCACAUUAUUUAAGAGUUGGAUUUUCAAUAUGCGCUUCAUAUACAGAUUCACAACCUAACAGCUAAACUCAAAGAUAGCUAAAGCCUGCAACAAGCUACACGUAUGCUGACUCACUGUGGCACGGUAGGUGUGCUUGUCCUUGAUGUGGCAGAUCUCUGUACAGUCUUUUCGCGGCAAUGCCAUUGUCUGCUUAUGUGACGUUUGUGUGGCUGCUUCACCUUUACAUUAUUUGGUACUGUUUGUGUAGCGCCAUGCAUAUAGAUCUAUGUGCCUUGAGUUGAUAUGGCUGCCUGCUUGUUGCAUUGGACAUUAGUGUUCUUUUAAAUGCUACAACAUACAACAGUUUUAUGGAUUUUUGAUUCCGAUGUACAGAGCCUUUUUUCUAUCGCAUACUUCGUGCUACUCGAGAAAUGUAUCUUGUUAUUGUUUAUUGCAAUAUAAAAUAUAACUGUUCAUUUACUUUCUUAUGACCAUGUAUCAAUUAUGCAUUUAAUCUUAGUAUUUAGGUUCAAGUGGAUUUUAUAGAUUACAUUUGAUUGAAAUGACCACCAUCCAAUGCAAUAAGUGCAAACAGUGCAGUUUAAUAAUUGGGCUAGCAAUUGCAUGUGAAUCUGGAGGCUUGAACCUCUCACUGCUUUUAAGUAACAUGAUUGUUUUGUCUUUCCCCGCUCCUCUUCUGUGCCAUUUUAACUUGACACUGUGCCUUCCUGUUCCUGUUCUGACCACUAUUGACCUGGUAUCCAGGAUAACUCCACAGUAGGUGGUUUGUGGCUCUCUGUAAAAUCAAUACCUGUCUUUCCUCGUGUGUAUAGCAGCAUGUGUAUAACAAUAAAGAACAGAUUAAAUACUUUCUGACCCUG